AUGGUUGUUUUGUUAGAUCUUGUGCCCAUAAUAUGUGCCACCAUCAAUGGGGCCACCAUGGGAGUGGAUCAAUCGAUGAUGAACAACUUAAACAUUAUCGACCAGUAUAUAGAAUACUUUGACUUGGAUGCAAACUACGAAGGAUUGUUCUCUGCUGCAAUUAACAUCGGGUCUGUGGUUGGAGGUUUUUUUGCUUCCCAGCUCAUCGACCUCAAACUGGUUGGGAGAAAAGGUGGUAUUCUUAUUAGUUGUUUGAUCACCUUUGUUGGUGUAGCCUUGCAAACAGCUGCACAGAACAGAGCCAUGUUUGUGAUUGCUAGAAUUAUCAUCGGAAUAGCAGUGACGGUAAAUGCAGUUGCCGCACCUACUUACGUCGCAGAACUUGCCAAGCCUCAGAAUAGAGGCCUUGUUUCGGGAAUUUACAUGUCUUCUUGGUAUUUUGCAGCCAUUAUCACCACUGGAAUUGCGUUAGGAACAUACACAAGAUCAGACUCCUGGGCCUGGAGAGGAAUCUCUUUGUGGCAGAUCACUCCUUCUGUAUUGGUGUUGCCACUUUUGGCAUUUAUUCCUGAAACCCCUCGGUUUUUGGUCUACACUGAUCGUCCUGAUGAGGCAUUGAAAGUGCUCAUCAGAUACCACGGAAAUGGAGAGAGAACACCAUUAGUCGAAGCUGAAUUUGAAGAAAUCCGUCAGACAUUACAGUACGAGAAAGAAUCCAACAUUGGCUGGUUGGAUAUGUUAAGAACUCCAGGAAACAGAAAAAGAGUGUGGAUUAUCUUCUGGAUGGGGGUAUUUUCUAUGCUUUGCGGAACCAAUAUAGUCAGCACCUACCUUGGUCUUUUCUUAGAUUAUGCUGGUAUCACCUCCACCAGAAAGCAGAUUGUCAUAAACUUGACAAUGCAAGUAGUGAACCUCUUCUUUGCUAUUGCUGGUUCCUAUUUUACUGACGGCUGGGGAAGAGUGCCCAUUUUGUUCUGGUCCACUAAUUUGAUGGCUAUUACUUUGUUCUUGAUGGGUGGAUUAGUCAAAUUAUAUUCAGAUGGACACAGCACCAACGGUACCAACGCCGUGAUUUUCUUGGUUUACUUGUUCUCUGCCGUGUAUUCUUUCUCCUUCACUCCGUUGUGUGUUUCCUACCCGGUUGAAAUAGUGAACUACUCCAUCAGAACAAAAGGUAUGGCCUUUUCUCAGAUUGUGACAUUUGGAUUUGGGUUCUUUAACCAGUACGUGAUUCCACUUGCUAUGGAUGCCAUUUCAUGGAAGUUCUACAUCAUUAAUGCUUGCUACAACAUUGUGCAAGCGGUCAUCAUCUACUUUUCUUUUGUGGAAACCAAGGGGUUAUCUUUGGAAGAAAUUGACGAAGUGUUUGAUGGAGUGUUGCACACGGAUGUGAGAAUUGGAACCGCCCAUUACGGGGAAGACGAAGAGAAUGUUAUCGUUGAGGCUGUUGACGCUGAGGACAAGAGCAGCAAGAGUUGA